AUGUCGCUCAGAUACCUUUGGCUCUUGAGCCUGACUCUAGCUGUUAUUGCACAAGUGGACUAUUCUCAAUAUGUGAAUCCUUUUAUUGGGUCUGAAGGCCCCUUUCCAGGGCAAGGCUAUGGAGGGGGCGACAUCUUCGUCGGCGGUGCUCGUCCCUUUGGAGUAGUCAAGGUUGGAAUCGACACUACAGCGGCGAACUGGAGCACGGCUGUGCUGAAUGGAGGCUGGUCUCCAGAUGGCAACGUAACAGCGAUAAUCAACCAAGGGUACUCGCCACGUAACACAUCUUUGUUUCCACCAGCUUAUCCUGCUCAGGUCGGUCAUGAUACGGCGAGUGUAGGAUACUUCAAGACGCAACUGCAGAACGGCGUUCAGAUAGAACUAUCGGGCUCCCGUCACGCCGGUAUCAUUCAGUACAACUUUCCUGCCGGGGAGAAACAUGUCCUGGUUGAUGUCUCUCAUUAUCUUCCCGGAUCACCGAAUGAUCCAAACAGUCAAUUCUACAUUGGUGGAGAGAUCCAAGUCCACGAUAAUGGGCAGGCUUGGUCUGGUUACGGGACAUAUGUAGGAGGCUGGAAUAACGGCGCACCGUUUACUGUGUACUUCUACGGAGAGUUCGAUAUGGCACCGGAAGCCGCCCGAUUAUUCAGAGGGCCAAACACCGAUCCGAUGCGAGGGUACCAAGGCCUUGCAAAUGGCCGGCCAAGUUUCGCAAUCUACGAUAACUUGACAAACACUGCGACCUCGGGACCGAUGAAUGAUCGUGUGGGCGGAACAUUUACUUGGGACGUGGACGAACAAUUGAGCAUUACCUCAAGGAUAGGGAUCUCCUUUAUUUCCGUUGAAAAGGCGCAAUUGUAUAUCCGCUCUGAGAUUCCCUCUUGGAGGCUCAACGACACGGUAGACUCUACCGUUCAAGUGUGGAACGAUGAUGUCUUUAGCAAGAUUCAAGUUCCGCUAGAUGAUACGGCCAACCUGACAAAUGUGCGGCUGCUGUAUAGCUCUCUCUACUUUAUUCACCUGAUGCCAUCCGACAGGACUGGUGAGAAUCCGCUCUGGGAAUCGGACGAGCCCUCGUGGGAUGAUUUCUACACUCUUUGGGACAUAUUCCGCUGCACCGUUAGCUUCUACCACAUCUUCCAACCUGUAUACUACGAGUCGAUGAUCCGCGGACUCAUCGACAUCUGGAGGCAUCAAGGAUUCCUCCCCGACGGCCGCUCUGGGAACUGGAACGGUCUCGUUCAGGGCGGUUCAAAUGCCGACAAUGUCCUAGCAGAUGCGUACGUUAAAGGCCUCCGUGGCGCAAUUAACUGGACAGACGGGUAUGCCGCCAUGAAGACAAACGCGGAGGUCGUGCCGUACAACACACAUGAUCCGACUGACUACACCGCAAGUACUAAAGAAGGUCGAGGAGCCCUACUUGACUGGCUCGAACUCGGCUACGUCUCUAAAGACCGAAGUACGCGCUGCAUUUCUCGUACAGUGGAGUAUAGUCUCAAUGACUUUGCCAUCAGCCAGGUCGCGGCGGGUGAAAUGCCGGGUGACCAGGAGAAAUAUCUUCGUCGCUCAGCGGGGUGGCAGGAAAUAUGGAAUCCGAACGUGAAGAGUCUUGAUUUCAAUGGAUUUCUCGCCCCGAAAUUCUCCAAUGGUAGUUUCAAUGAAUCGGGAUAUGAUCCGCUAUAUUGUUAUGGGUGCGAGUGGAGCGACUACACCUACGAGGCGGUUCCUUGGGAAUACUCGUUCGUGAUCCCACACGACAUGCAAACCCUAAUUGACUUCAUGGGCGGUCCUCAGAUGUUUGAGUCACGGCUUGACUUGAUGUUUAAACCAAACACCUCGGUACAAGCCCUUGGUCCUAACGGGGCAGGGAUAACAACUCUUAUGAACAUCGGAAACGAGCCCGAUUUUGCUACGCCUUAUCUCUAUAACUACAUCAACAAGCAAUGCAAAUCUGUCCAGAGGACGAAAGAGCUCGCUUAUCAGUACUUCCACGACGGUCCUUCCGGCAUUCCAGGAAACUCAGACGCCGGGGCAAUGAACACCUGGCUCCUCUGGUCAAUAUUAGGGAUCUACCCCAUCGUGACAACGGAUGUGUACCUGCUUGGCUCGCCGUCGUUCAAGGAUUUGAACAUGACGAUCAACGGGAAUGAAACGCUACGGAUUCGAGCUACAGGGUUGGAGGACGGGUUUUACGUGCAGAGCGUCAAAAUCAACGGGGCAGAUUGGAAGAAGAACUGGUUUCAACAUGGGGAUGUUUUGCAGUCUGGCGGAGUGAUAGAGUUCGAUCUUGGAAGCGAACAAGUUGUCUGGGAGGAAGGGGACGUGCCGCCCAGCCCUGGUCAUGUCGAGAUCUGA